CUCGCUCAGCCAGCAGCUGCUUCCUCUGCUUCCUACCCCACAGUAGCCGUGAGCUCCCCCCAUUUCAUGCCUCGCUGUGGUUGAACCCAAGAUGGCGUCUUUUUCCAGUCAGCUGAGGUGGGGUUGAGCCGAACCAUUCUCCGAAAAGCGGCAGGCGCUGUGACGUUUAACUGCGUUGACGGAGAGCGAAACCUUCCUGCGGUUUCGGCAGCUCAGUGUUAUUUCCCCGUCCAGCGCCAGGCGGAAGGUGACAGGACAACACACUGACGCGAAAACCGCCCCCCCUGCAAACCUUCUGCCAUGGGCUUGCCCGAAGGCUUGCGAUGCCCGCGCGGGCGCUACUAAACUGAUAGAGAAGGGGAGGCGCGCCGUGCUGCGCCGGCACGGACGCGUUUGUGUUCGGGCACGGCGAGCAUACGAGGGAACAGCCGCACCCCCCACGGUGGCGGGACAGCAUGAUUUGGCAAAGCCUCCCGUAAAUGAACCGAGGGAACCAGAACAGUUUCUGAUGCAGGCGCCCCAGGGAAAUCCACUGCUGCUUUCCCACACCCUACAAGAGCUAUUGAGCAAGGACAGCGUGCAGGUGGAGCUUAUACCUGAGAAGAAGGGCCUUUUUCUGAAACAUGUGGAAUACGAGGUUUCCAGCAAGAGAUUCAAGUGCUCAGUCUACAGGCGAUACAAUGAUUUCGUGGUGUUCCAUGAGAUGCUGCUCCAGAAGUUCCCGUAUCGGAUGGUGCCAGCGCUUCCACCAAAGAGGAUGCUGGGAGCUGAUCGAGAGUUCAUAGAAUCCAGGAGGAGAGCGCUGAAGCGUUUUAUAAACCUGGUGGCUCGACAUCCCCCGUUCUCAGAAGAUGUGCUCUUGAAACUCUUCCUGUCGUUCAGCGGCUCAGAUGUACAGAAUAAGCUAAGAGAGUUGGUCCAGGGAGUAGGAGAUGAAUUUAUGACCUGCAGAUUAGCUACCCAGGCCAAGGACUUCCUUCCAGCUGACAUACAGGCCCAGUUUGCUGCCAGCAGGGAGCUCAUCAGAAAUAUUUAUAACAGCUUUUAUAAGCUUCGGGACCGUGCGGAGAGGAUAGCUUCUAGAGCCAUUGAUAAUGCCUCGGAUCUCCUCAUAUUUGGGAAGGAGCUAAGUGCUUUGGGCUCAGACACUACACCGCUUCCUUCCUGGGCUGCUUUGAACGAUAGCACGUGGGGGACUCUGAAACAAGCCUUGAAGGGUCUGUCUGUUGAGUUUGCGCUGCUGGCAGAUAAAGCUGUGCAGCAGGGUAAACAGGAAGAGAAUGAUGUGGUGGAGAAGCUGAACCUCUUCCUGGAUUUACUCCAGUCCUAUAAAGACCUGUGCGAAAGACAUGAGAAGGGGGUGUUGCACAAGCACCAGCGAGCGUUGCACAAGUACAGCAUGAUGAAGAGGCAGAUGAUGAGUGCCACUGUGCAGAACAAAGAACCCGAAUCCGUGGAGCAGUUGGAGUCUCGGAUUGUGGAGCAAGAAAACGCGAUCCUAACCAUGGAGCUGCGGAAUUACUUCUCUCUGUAUUGCCUGCAUCAGGAGACACAGCUUAUCCACAUCUAUCUGCCUCUCACAUCUCACAUUUUGGGGGCCUUUGUCAACUCCCAGAUCCAGGGUCACAAAGAGAUGAGUAAAGUUUGGAAUGAACUGAAGCCGAAGCUGAGCUGCCUCUUCGUGGGAUCUAGCAAUAUGCCAACUCCACCAUUGUCACCUCCAGAGGGAAACUUCUUCUCCAAUUAAUGCUCUGAGCAUCUCGUGUGGAGCAGGAAGUGCAAUGAAUGAAGGGGUGGGACGUCUACCUCCACAUGUUUGAAUGAAUCCUCCAAACAGCUUGUUGUUUUUUUUUUAAAUACUGCUGCUUGAGCUGCUCUCUGAUUUAGACAGACUGGAUGUGGGGCAGAACAUACAGAUACAAAGACAAUCUCUUAAUCUCGAAACGCUCUGGGGCAGAGCUGACACUCCACGGGCUCAGGGUGUGACCUGGUGCAGUGUUGCUGAUGCCUCUGCAUCUUGUACUAACAGUCCUCCAAUAAUGUUUAUCUGCUGACGUGUCUCUGAAGGAAAGCUGAAAGCCAUUCCGCUGACGGGUGUCUGCAUUUGAUUUCUUACUGAUAGACCUUAGUGCAGAAUAGGUGCGUGAGGGGGUGGAUUCACUAACACAGCUGGGUCGGGGUCAGCACUGGGUUUCCUGGGAGGCCGGGCAGACCCGAUUGUCGCUGCGAUUCAGUUCACAGUUGCAGGGCAGCCUGGGAACUUGCUCGUAUUUUUCAGUUUGGGGCCAAAGAUGGCUGGGUUCAGGAGCUCAGAGGAGUUUGCCUGGCUUAAAUGAGAAAACAAUUGAAUGAAACACUCCUUAAUUGUAAACCUCUCAUGCUAUACAAGCUGAACAGCUACAGCGUAGCUUGUUUAAUUUGUUCUGGAGGUUCUGAGAUCCAUCUGUUGAGUAGCUGUUCAGGACUAGUGGAGAGCUGCUGACCAGAAGGUUGGUGUUUUCUCUGCUUUAAUAGCAGAUGAAAUAUCCUGUUACAUCAGCAGGCUGGGGCACAAUGCUGAUGAAACUCAUUAGCAAGAAAUCAGUAUUUAUCAAGAUGUUACUGUCAUUUCUCUGGCUGUGGGCAGCAUUGGAGCAUGUUUGUGAAGGAGAGAUGACAACUGACAGUUCACCAUCUCUAAAAAUAGCACGGUCCUUGGUAAUGGGAUUUUCUGAAUUAUUUGGGAUUGUGAUAAAGGAACUAAACGUUCUCCACAGUUCACUUUGUGUCUCCAGUGAUUUUCCCUCGUGAGGCAAGGGGCAGGGGGAGGAGACUCGCAUGUCAUGUUACUUUAGGGGGAAAUUGUGCAUAUCCUCCAGAGAAACUGAUAAGUGAGGAAACUGCAACCGUAUGCAGCAAAAUUCUGUGUGAACGGGACUCCCCUGAACCGAGCUUCUCUGGGGCCAAAAUAGCUGCCAAAGGGGAAUUUGAGACUUGGCAUUUUCUUUGGGUACAAAGGAAGCACGUUAGCAAGGAUGAGCGCUUGCUGUCAUACUGGAACCGUUACAGUAUUUUGCCAUUGGGGAACUUCCCCAUUAGCAGGAAGUAUAAUUAAAUCCUCCAAUCACACAAGCUUGUUUUUUUAAUGUAGAAUAUUCAAUGCAACAUGAAGCUCUUCCUAGUCCAGGUGGAAAUUAUGGGUUAGUUUCUUUCCCUACGAGCAAGAGAAAUUAUGUUACACGCACCCCUCAAAAUGUGGUAAAGUGCACUUAAUGGGGGUGAAUUUGAGUGCUGGGCCUUAAGCAGCGUGUCGGGAGGCUGUUGAACAGCCUUGCUCAGAAUGCAGUACUCAGAGCUGUUGGUGGCAAUUCAAAUGUUAAGUCUCUUCUGCAUGUUGACCUUGUCCAGUGAGACAGAUGAACUGCAGGUGGCUGUGACAGGUUUGGUUCUUCCUCCUGAAGAUUCCCAAAGUGGUGCAGAAGAGAUUCUGCUCACAGGUCAGAGCAAACUGGCUGGGGAGGCAAAUGUUUCUGCAGUACAGUGACAAAGCUGAGAGUAGAUAGCAUCUCAAGAAUGGCACAAAAGCUUUUUCUGUUUGACCCUGUCUGGAUUAGGAAGAUAGUUUGUGGUUCAAGUGUGGAAAGCGUGUUCCCAUGCACUCCUGGCAUCUUUAGCCGGUGCUGGCUAUAAUUUGCUUGGUCUUGGUGCCCAUCCUCCCUCAUUUAGCCUUGUUUGCCUGAUGUGGUGAAUGGUCAAACUGAGAAUAUACUGUAUGUUCUGGGGCAAGGUCUGAUAUCUAUAUAAUGGGUCUAUGUAACUCGUGUGGCUGGGUAGGUGCCUGGGCUCUGUUCUGCAGCAGCACUUGCAAACCGUAAUCCUGAAUGGAACUUUGCACUUCUUACAUUUAGAAGAAAGUUACCAUGUCAGACUUCAUUUGAAAACAAAACCAAACACAACGAAACCACAUUUGGGCUUUAGACUAACUCCUUUCCUGUUCUCCUUCCAAGCAAGAAUUCUAGAGUCCAAAUGCAGAGACUGUGAUAAUGAUAAACAGACCAGAUGACCUAUAAAGAAACUGGAAUGGCAUUGUUUUGGGCACACACCCAUCAGCAGCCCUUGCCUCUUGGAGGAGAGUGAUUUUGGGGGUGGGGUUUUCAUGGUUUAAUUUUACUCUGUAUUUUGAGAACAGCAGCCUAGUAUUCUCAAAGCUGAUACAGCACUUUCAGACUUUAUUUCAUACUGGAAUGUUAAGCUUCUGUCUCAUUCCUAAAUACACACAUACACUAUUUCAUACAACUCUUAGCUCGCAAACCUUAUUCUGGGGAGACUGGUCAGUGUGCAAAUAGCACUAUGAUGUUUACCUCAAUAUGUGAGGAAUUUCCUUACUGUGUUUGUUUUUAGUUUAGGGAUCUGUCAGGCUCGGAGAGCAGCAUCGAGAGCAGCUUCCUUCCUCUAGAGAAACGCAGCAGGGAAUCCAUCAAGUUGUCUGUGUACCGUAGUCCAUGUAGGGGAAGCAGUUCUCCACGCUCUCGCCUUCUGCAGCGCACAGCCGAGCGGUGCCCAAGGGUGAGAACAAGACUUAAGGAAGUUGGUUCCGUUGCUGGUAGCUGGGUAGGUUGCAAUAAACACUAAGUAAACCAGGAGACUGAUUGGGGAGCGUGCGCUGCCUGUCCGAGAACUGAUGCUCCUCCGAGAUGUCGCACCAAAGAGCCCACGUGCCUUCUUGAAUGGAAGCUUUCUGUCUGUUGCUUGAGCUCGUGGGGACUUUCAUGUCUUCAAAAUAGUCAUGAUAGAAAAUGCUUCUAGUCUUUCUGUCAGAUCUGUUGUGCAGGUACCAGGGUAGUACACAGCUGGGAACCUGAACUUGGCCUGAAAAGCGUUUUAUCAAAAGGGCUAUAUGUUUUUGUCACUCCCAAAGUCUCUGCUUCGAGCUGUGAAGUGGUGAUAUACAGGCUUUUUCACUGCUAUCGUGUUGAAAGGCUUUUCCAAACUAUUAUCUUUGAUCCUUCUUUCCCUCUCUUUCCAUCUUCCUUGAAAGUCGCUCCUCCUAAGUUGUAACGUGUUUUCAACAGCGCUUUGCUGCAUUCCCAUGCUUUACUCUUCUACUUUGAUCAUGCAAGGGUAUAAUUCCUGGCUAAUUCACAAUCUUCAAUUUGUGCUGCUUCCUAAAAUACAAAGAUCACCAGCUGGGGACAGAACUUACUUAAAACAUGUCAGUCUGCAGCAGGAGCAAUAACGUCAUUACUCUUUGUCAGGAGCUAAAAGUCAGUGCUGGUGAAAGCAUCUUUGUGAAAGGAUUGAACUGUCUGCAGAAGAGGGGAGAGCAAAAAGAAGUGCAGGCCUGAGCUACGCUUGUUCUCUUCCUACUAAACUCCUGCAGGAACAGAGUAAUUUGCUCAUUCUCACCACACAACGUACGGUUUCCACCAGGAAAUAAAUCAAGAUAACAUAACAGGUAUUGGCUGCCACAUUUCCUACCAUGCAGUAGGGUCUUACCUCCUGUUACAAGCUGCCUGUCCCCUUGUCCUUAUUUUCUCUCCUCUUCUUGCCUCAAGCCAUUCUCUGUUAGAACAGCGAGAAACUCUGACUGCCGUGUCAGCAGCAGGGGGGAGUAGCAAAAACUCGGAGUAAGUCAGUGUGCAGCACAAAAGGAAAAUGAGGAGUCCAGGGUGUUCCCUGUUACCUGGGCUGCGGCUUACUGAGCACAUGAAAAAGGGCAAUUUCGAGUGGUAUAAAUUAUUCAGAACUGCUGGAGGGAGACAAGGAACAAUCUUGUUCAGAGGGUGUGAAUUUUGCCUGCCUGGAAUAUCCUGUAUCUUUGCUUUGCUCAAAUAGCCUUAUGUAUGAAGCACUUUAUUCAAAUGCAGGAAUUAAAGAACUAUUACUACAGCUGGUAGACUGGAAAUGUUUACAGAUCCUAUAUUACAUUCCAAGAUUCUAUCUGUAAGUGUUAUAAUGUGUUUAUAAAAGUGUUUAAAAACAACAAAAAAAGCUUGUGUAAGAAGUUA